AUGGGAAGAAAACGGCUUGAUAAAAAUACAAAAAAUAUAAAAAAACGGAAAAGAAAGAAGGGGUCUGAUAGUGAAGAUGAAGAUAUUGAAAUAACUAAUACGAAUGUCCAUUUAAAUAAAAACUUAUCAGUAUCAUAUAAAUUUAAGCAAAGAGAAAAAGUUGAUAUAAACCUAAUUUUAGCACAAGAUGAGGCCGAUGCUUCAAAAGUCAAAAGUUACUGUUGGACAAAAGUCGGAAGUGGAAUGAGCUCCUUAACAAAAAGAAAAUUUUGUGUCGUGUGUGGGUUCGAAGGAAAAUAUAAAUGUUUAAAAUGUUAUGAGCAUAAACCAGUUUCAUAUAUUCGAUAUUAUUGUUCAUUAAAUUGUAAAAAAAUACAUGACGAGUCAUCUUGUUGUAAAUCGAAAAUGUUUGACAUUUGGUAA